UCUCCUCCGGGGAGGAAGUCCCUCCUUUUUCUUACCUCGGCGUCACUUCCUCCACACGAAAAAAAUGGCGGCGGCCAGUGCGUCUAGAUCUACAGGCUCACAGGCACGAAAUGCUGCGAUCAAAAUUGAACCGGAGGACUCUGGCGGAGCGCCGUCGGCGGGCGAAGGUCCGGUCCACAUGAGAGAGCCGGUCUUGACGCUCAUGGCCCCGGUGAGCGGCCUGCAGCCCCUCGUCUGGUCCCAGGAUCACCGCCUGGCCGCCUGCACCACCAGUGCAAUCUCACUGAUGGAGCUUGUGUGCGACAUCUACGGCAACCAGCAAGACCUCACUCUGCAUCGGACAUCGAUUUCUGUGCCGACGGACGUGCUCCAGCUGCGGGUUGGACCAGAAGAAGAGCUGGAAGAAGCACGACACAAGUUUUCCUCACACCCAGACCCAACUAUAAGUCAGGCUUUUAUAUCUGAUAGAGUCAUGAACCCACAUAUGGCAACACAAAAGGGAGUCAAAUACACUAGCUGGUCCCCACUUGGCUGUGACGUAAGCGGACGAUGUCUACUCGCAUGCUUAACGCUUGACCAUCGCCUUACAAUCCACAAUAGUAUGAAGCGUCUUCAGUGGAGUGUGGUAGCUGAUCUCACUAGACGAUACAGUGAAAGGCUGGCGGAGCGAGGCUACGCCAAAAAAGAUGGCAAGCCGCCGGAGGCAAACCUUCUGAAUUUUGAGGAGCUGCAGCGGCGGUUCCGUAUGCAGACACCUCUCCGAAUGGAGUGGUCGAGUCUUUAUACAGUCAAGCAGGUAGAGGCAGAUAAUACGUGCAGGGAAGAAGAGAUCGUGUUUCUAGCUGUCCUUAUGGAAAAUGGAGACCUGGUUUUGUGGAGGUUUCGGCUGCCCUGUGUGGACGGGACACACAUUGAGUUCUAUGAUCUCAUUGAAUCCGGUGUCACUCGACCCAGUGACUUGGCAUGGUGGGAAUAUGAAGGCAGCGACAACCGGAUGAGUGGCCUGAUCGUGGGCAGCGAGGUGGGACCUGUCAGGAUCAUGCCAGUCAACCUAGCAGGUGUGAAAGGUUAUUUCACCCUCAAACAACCUGUGAUCCUGUGGCAGCAGGUGGACGAGAUCCCUGUUGAGAACAUAAAAUGUGUCCCAAUUUUCCAUCCAAUCCAGAAGUCCAACUGCAGCCUGGUGGUUGCCACACGUGGCUGCUAUGUCUUCUGGUGCUUGUUGAUGAUCUCACCCGCAGGUCUGAACGUGCACAAUUCACACAUUGCCGGACUGCAUUCUCUCCCUGUUGUCUCGUUGGCAGUAACUCGGCAAGGAGUGACAGUGUACACCUGUUCCAUUGAUGGAUGGGUGAAGAAGCUGACACCCACCUUCACAGAGACCACCUUGAUCUUCGCACAAGAGAACAUGCUGCUGCCUGACACCUUCCCAGGACGAAGGAUGCAUGGUAUAGCCGUGAGUCACAAUGGAGCCUACAUCGCUCUUGCUAGCACACAAGGUAUAGUUAGUGGGCAUCAUCCUGUCAGCAGGAGCUACCAGGUUAACUUUGUGACCGCAAAAACACCUGAAACUGCAGCAACACAGAUUCUGAAGUCACCCUCACAGAGCUUGUACAAGGCGGCAGAUCUGCUGGACCUCGUGAGAUGGAGAGUGCUGAAGGAGCAGCGCAUCCCUCCAUCCCUACGAGACCAGCUUGACAAAAAGAUCCAGGAAGCUGACACACCCUACCUCUGGCGAUUCAAACUCUUCUUGCUUCGCAUACUGAAGGAAUCCUUAAAGAAAGUGCCUGAUGACCCUCUCUGGAAGCCCACAUAUGAGGAUGCCAAGGUGGUAAUUCGAGAAGAGGGUGCCGCAGAGGACCAGGCGGUGAAAGAGGAGGACGAUGACGAACCCAGAAACGGGGUGGACGAGGAGGACCUGGCUGAGCUGAUAAGGGCGGUGAGUGCUGAAAUUGCUUCUGUGGAGGCUCGCCUGAGCAGGGAGCAUAUGAAGAAAGUUCUUGGGGAGGUCUACCUCAACAUCUGGACCGCUGUGAACACCAGCAUUCCCACUUGUGGACUGGUGGAGUACCUCUCCAAAGACACUAGCGACCGGGCUUCAGAGGUACUGAUUGGCCACAUCAAGAAGAAGAUGAACAAGCAGACCUUUUCAGAGCAUUGCAACCUGUGUGAGGAGGUGCUGCCCUUCACAUCUGCCAAAGAUGCAACCUGCAAAAAUGGCCACAUGUGGCUCAGGUGUGUGUUGUCAUUCCAGGCCUGCCAGUCGCUGGCGUUCAAACGUUGCCUCCUGCUGGAUGGCGUCGCCGGAGUGCCAGAGCCUGGGGCUCCAGAAUGGAUAAAGAAGAUCCUGACCGGGCCCUGUACUUUCUGUGACUCACCGAUGAUCUAGACGUAAGCUGAGGGACCUCAGGGAAACAGGGCUGGGUUUCCCCUGCAACCCUAACACUGUCUGCUGACACUGGGUCUAUUUUUGCUAGAUAGACAUCGCCAGUGGUUUUGUAAAAUAUUUUUUUUCUUUCAUGUUCUUAAUUUUUUUCAUCUGUUUUUAUUGUAUCUUGGAAAUGCAAAUAAAGGCAUUGAAUACA